GCACCCGACACAAUGACAACACGCGCAGUAGAAUACUUGUGAAAUAAACGCAGCAGAACAAAAUUCACCGUUAAAACCGUUUUUAGUUCGAGUUUCGAGUCCAGAGAUAAUUGUUCUAACUAAUAAAACGACCCCAACAUCGACGCGCUUAUGAGUGGAGUUUAUUGCUGUUUGGUUGGACAUGAAAACACAGCAGCUCCAAUCAACAAGCUCGAGCAGGACGGAGUGAAAGCUACAAAACGGAGAAGACUCCUAAAGUCCAGCAUGCGCACAAGUUAACGUUUAUUAUUCUGUUCUAAAUAACGUAGUAAUAUCGGAUUUGUCUAAAAUAAAUAUUAUAAUAAACCUGGGUUAAGGAUAAGAAGUGUCUGGACCCGAGAGAAGACAAAGCUGAAGAGAAGCUGAGGCUGCUGGACCAGAGUGCCUCGAGCACCAGUGCUCCCCACCCGUGGCUGCGACUCGUUCUUCACAACAUCCCCAAUGCGACCAUGGGAAAUAGCUGUGAAUAGGCGGCCGCCAACAGCCCCCUUAAACCAGAGGAGCUUCAUCGGGGGUCCUUGCAACGUACCCGUGCACCUCAGGAGAAGUCCUCCAGCACGCUGGCAGUGGGGGCAACGAGACAGAGCAGUCGUGCACGCUUCCCCUCGGCAGGAUGAGAAUUUUGCCCACGGCGCAUUCCCGCAGCAGCAGCAGCAGCAUCACCAGGCCAUUCCUGUAGAGGAGGCGAGGCAGUACAGCCAAGCCGGCGCACCGCCCCGCAUGCUCCAUCCAUCCACACACCCGCCUCAGCAGACCUCCAUCAUGGUGGACCUUCAUGAACAAAUGCACCAAGGAUCUGUUCCGAUAUCUUACACAGUUACCACGGUGACGACCCACGGCUUUCCCAUGCACACGGGGCAGCCGAUCCCAGCGUGCAACGCGCAGCAGCUCCCAGCAUGCUCGGUAAUGUUCAGCGGACAGCUCUCUCUGCUCUGCUGCCUUCCUCCUCCUCUCAUCCAGGCGUGCACCAUGCACCACUUACCCGUGUCUUACCAGGCCUUUCCGCCUCUGAUCUCCAGCGAGCAUUUCCUCCUGCACCCGAGUCCUCCAGUGGCACCGCAUCAGCCCCCGGCGCUGGCGCCUCUCAGCCACUUCAUCCCCCUGCAGCCCCAGCACCCACGCAUGCCUCUGCAAAGAGUGGAGAACGAAGUGGACCUGCGAGGAGAGCAGCACCAUUUGGGAACUUUUUCGUACCCGGCCGCGCAUCACCCACCAGCAAUGCCCCCCUCUGUGCCCCUGCAGUACCAUCUGCCCCAGGAACCCCUACACCAGGAGCUGCCCUUUGCGGUGCCGUAUCCACACAUGCUGCCCAGGCGCGGGAGCGGCCAGAGGUACCGCCUACAGCAGCCGCUGCCUCCACCACCUCCUCCUCCGCCCUACUACCCCGGCUUCCUCCCUUACUUCCUCUCGAUGCUUCCUGUGCCUCCGACUGCUGUGGGUCCGGCCAUCAGCUUGGACCUGGACGUGGACGACGUGGAGAUGGAGAACUACGAGGCGUUACUGAACCUCGCAGAGAGACUCGGCGAGGCCAAACCUCGAGGACUGACAAAAGCUGACAUCGAACAGCUUCCAUCCUACAGGUUCAACUCGGAGAAGCACCAAUCAGAACAGACUCUGUGUGUGGUGUGCUUUAGUGACUUCGAGUCGAGGCAGCUACUACGAGUAUUACCCUGUAAUCACGAGUUUCAUGCGAAGUGCGUAGACAAAUGGUUAAAGACCAACCGCACGUGUCCGAUUUGCCGUGCGGAUGCUUCCGAAGUUCACCGUGACGUGGAGUGAGUCGGGGCCUUCGUCCUUCACUGGAUAACAGCACAAACCUUGGAGUGUGUGGUGGGAGCAGGCGCACACACACACAUACGCACGCACACACGCACACACACACACUACACGUGCGCACCACCCAACCCCGUGCCCUCCAGGAAAACCUAAAAGCAUCUCCUAGACACACUCCUUGCUCCUCCCAGCCCAUCUCCCGCUCAGCUCUUCUUCCACCCAAACCUUUGACCAAUAAGCAAUCUUGGAAUUCGUACGGAUUGUAUCAGACCUCCGCUGUGCUUCUCACGCAGGCUACUGCAUCCUCCGAGCCCGGAAACCUCCCCCAAUCCCCGAGUUUCAGUUUUCAUUUCCUGGUUUUUUUUUUUGUUUUUUGUUUUGUUUUGUGCUUUUCUUCGGCGAUUCCAAAGAUUACCGCGUGUGGUGUUGGCAUCUGUUUACACAGUCGAAUGUGUACUCGCUGUUCGCUUACGAAUAAUCCAAGCUGUGCUUCAGUGGUGUUAAGGGGAUAUGGGGAGGGGGUUCGAGGACGCCGUUCGAUCGGGGAGGAGAGAAAAAGGCAGCCGCGGUUUGUCCAUUCCACUGUCUUUAAACAAAAAAAAAAAAGAAAAGAAAGAAAUCGAAAAAGAAAAAGAAUCGCCUGAUCAUUAGCUGCAUGUUUGUAUAGGUGAUGGGCCGAAGUGACUUGUUAAUAAUAUAUGUUUUGCAAUAAUGUAUCGAUGAUUUCAAUAGCUCUAUCCCAGCUUCGCUAACGUGAGCGUGAACAGCAGCGGCUCUGAAUCUUUCGAGCUAACGAGGAAAAGGAAAAAAAAAAAAAAAACAGACACGAACUGCAAACUAAAACAGGAUGAAUGUGUGUGUACGUCUGCUCCCGGGCCUCAUCGCUGUGGAGUUUUGCACUGUUGCUGCACUGGAAAAUGGUCACAAGGACGAGGACCUUGUCGCAAACUGUGACCUCUGGUCGCCUCCCGAACCUGGCUGUAGUGCACGGAGGAGGGGUGGAAGCUCUCCGUCUCCUCCAUCCUUCACUCGGUUUGCUCUCUUCUGGAUGGUAUCUCACAGACUGUUGUCGUUUUUUUUUUUUUUUUUGUUUGUUUGUUUUUUUCUCUUCUUCUUGUUUUGUUUUGUUAGGUUAGCAAUACUCUUUUUGACUCGACGAGCUUCUCGCUGCAUUUCACGCGCAGGUUCAGCGGGACGGCGGCGAAGGGAAUUUCACUUCCACCUGAUGUCCAAAAAAAAAACAAACAAACAAAAAAACUAAAAACAGACAAACAAACAAAAAAAACCUGACUUUGGAAAAGGUGCGGGUCCCUUUUGCAGAAAGCAAUAUGUGCAAUGAGUGUCUGUCCUGAAUGAAUCCUUUUUUUUUUUCUUCUUUCUUUUUUCAUUUUGUGAUGUUUUUUUUGUUUUGUUUGUUUCGUUUCAGAGGACCAGGCUUUUCCUCACCUGUGAGCCAAAUAUUCAAUAAUUUCAAUACACUCUUCAAGGAUACAGCUCUGCCUUCUUCAAGACGUUGACAAGCACAAACUUGUUACUAAUCGUAAAACAAACAAACGAAAAAAAAAAAAACAAAACAAUACGUAGACUCCACGGUCGGUCGAACUCGAAACCGGCGUUAUUUAUUGGCUUUAUCUUCUGCGUUGAGGGGCAGAGCACCAGCACAGUGUAUCUUUGAUGCGAGGAUGUUGGGCCACGGUAGCAAUGUGAAGUGAAAAAGAGGAGGAAAAAAAACAAACAAACAAACAAACAAAAAAGAUUGUUAAGCAUAGCAUCUAAUGCGUCGUCGACUCUGCUUGUGUGUGCCAGCUGACUGUAGUGAUUCCACAAACGAUUCAGAGACUAAAGGUUCUUCUUAGAAAUGCACUGACUGUAAAAACCUGCUCAGCUCUUGGUUUCGCUCUGCAUAGACUCCAAAAAAAAAAAAAGACAAGAAGGAAAAAAAAAAACA